ACUCGGCAACCUCAAAUACUCAUCCAAAACCCACGGUGCCCGCUACAUCACGGUAGGGCAUGGUAGGGUAGACGAUGCCCUUCCUUGACAUAGGUCUCAAAACGCAGGAGACGAAGCCGCUGCAAUCCCAGCUGUGGCUCCAGCAGGUGGGCGAUCGGCAUGCUGCCGGGCGAUGCCUCGCAGGAAGAGAGGAGAAAUGAAACACAACUCAGGAAGCGGCGGCCGCGGAGAGCAGAGGGAGGAGCGGAGGCACCGGAGCGGGACCCGGCGCGGGACCCUCCGCCCGCUCGGCAAGAUGGCUCCGCACCGCCCAGCCCGGAGCUGCGAGGGGGGCGACGCCGCGCUGCUCCGCUCCGCUCCCCACCCGCGCCGCGGCCAAAGUUGCGGCCGAGGCUGCGCUGCGGCGCUGCUAUAGCAACGGUACCGCCGGGGCUGCGCGGUCCCGCUGUGCCCUCCCCCGGCCGCCCAGCAGCGCCGUGCGAGCCCGCGGGGCAGCAGAGGGAAGAGGGAAUUAAGGAGCGAUAUCGUCCUGGCGGUGAUUCAGAGCGCGGGGAUGUGCUCCUUAAUCGCUACGGAUAA